AACCAACGUGCCAGUGUGUAACGAGUAUUAAAUAAAUUAUCCAAUAUCAACACAAUACAGCGAGUACUUCCGAUAUGGUCUGUUGCUGCCGAACGACAGUUGCUUGGUUAGUUACCGGCACAAGUUCGAACCCCGCACACGUUGCGGUCACUCGCGAUACGGUGCGCACGUGCAAGGAUUGGACGCAGUGUUUUUGGAUUUACAAAAUAAAAUGUUGUGGUUAUUGAAGUUAUCGAUUAUCGCGCAAUGGGUACAAUCAGUAAGAAUCGUGAACAUGAGGGUUCCAGAAGCUAUCCAAUACGGGACAAGAGACAAAGUGACCCUGGACUGUGAAUAUAACACCAGAAAUGUCACAGGGCUGGUGGUGAAGUGGUUUUAUAAUGACAGGUCGCAGCAAGUCUACCAGUGGAUACCACCACAGAAGCCGCAGGCUUUGGGGCUGUUGAAGGAUAAGCUGGAUCUAAAUUUCAAAGUGUCGAACGAUCCGUACACGCAGCAACGCGCGCUACGUAUCGUCCAACCAGUGCCGGAGUUAACCGGUAAUUAUACCUGCGUGGUGUCCACGUUCCUGGCUGAGGAUGAGAGGACGCGCCCCAUGACGAUAUUCGUCCCUGAGAAGAAGUUUGAAUUGGUUGUAGACAGACUGAACAAUGUACUCCUGGAUAUAAUAUGUGUAGUGAAGGGCGUGUACCCGAUGCCCGAACUCGCCAUAUUCAUCGCCAAUAGGCCACAGGAAGCCAAUUCAUCGAUAAAGCUCGAGGAGGGCAGAUACACAGCCGUAACUAGUGUAGUAGUUAGGGUGGAAGCAUUCCCGCCAACAGCGGAAACCCUGUGUUGCGUGCACGUGCCUUUAGCGAACUACCAUAACUGUACGAGAAAAAUAUUUUACAGAGAUGAACCACCAACACCGCUAGUACAUCCAAAAUCAGCGCACACACAAUCCGUACCAGACAGAGGUAACAGACUGGUCCAUAGUUCUUAUCUCUUCCUACUUAUAAUAGUACACCUCUCUAGAAUAGUAGUGACGUGAUAUAUAAAUUUAUUUCUAAUUUCUAAAGUAAUUUGAGAGAUACAGGAAUAGUUAUAUUCUGAUUUCUUGUCCCUUCUUUUGGUUUUUGUUUCUUAUUUCCAGUUUUAAAAAUUAAAAUUACUUCAAUUUUCUGCAUCUCUCGGUUACACGUUGUACUUAUUAUGAUUAUAUAUAUAUUAAUAUAUUUUCUAUUUAAAUAUUAUAUGUUUAGAUAUUUGGAAAUUGUGCUGGGUAAUUAUCAGAGCUAUAUGUACACUAAUUUUAUUUAUACUGAUAAACAAAUAUCUAAUAUUUGAAGAUAAUACUGUUUCAUUUGAUAAAUAUUCAAUUGGUGCAGCGGGUAUCUAUUAUAUACAGAUGGGACAGGUAUUUUUUAUAAAGCGAUUAAUUUGAAAUAUAAGAGAUGAGAUCGAAAUUAUAUUAUCGGUUUCUAGAAUAAUUAUUAAAACUACAUGUAUUUUACAACUACAAACUGUAGGAGUAAUUAAACUUAUUACUGGUGGAGUAGUUUUAGAAAACGAAUUUAUGUUAAAAUAAAUUAUAGUUAAAUUGUUAACUUAUUUUUAUGAUAGAUCAUGUGUAAAUGUAUAUAAAAUAUUUUUUUAUUAAAUUAUGACUAAAAAAAAUUAUAAUAAAAUUAUUGUUGUAACAAUAUUAAAGAUCAAUAGAUUUAAGACAAUGUUUUUAUAGCGUAACAUGAUUGGAAUGUAUAUUUUUUAUCUCUUAUAACGAAUAAUCGCUAUUUUGAACAUCCAAAAUGUAUUUCUAAUCCAAAAAAUCUAUACCACCAAAGAAAACAAUAGAUUCUAGUCCAUAAGGAAACUUUAAUAAAAUUGUCAAGAA